AUGCCGCUCGAUGAGCUCUACUUCGCCGUGGCUGAUGUUGUUGAACGGGUGAAAACAAAGAAGAAAAGUCUCCGAUCAGCCGUUUAUGAACACCAAUUUCAAGACAAGAAGAAACUUCUCCGGCUGUCUUGCGAAACCGUCAAAUAUGCGCAACUAUUCGACGGAUUACUUGAGAAUUCUAAUUUGAGUACGCGUUUGCUUGACGAGCGGGCUUAUGAGGGAAGCCUACCGUUAAUCCAUGUGCUUCUCUACGAGUUUUUGAUUGGCAAUGGACUUAAUCAGGCAACUCAACGUCUAAAACGUCCUAUUCACUCGUUAAAUAUGGAAAUUCGACAGCAGGAGAAGGCUCUUUCGGCACAGGGCCGAGGUUUGGAACAAUUGAGGAAUGGAUUCGAGGAAGAAAAGGAAAAAGAGAUAGAAAUCCCACGGUACGCCCGCAUCAACGGCCUCAAAUGGACCAGAGAUGAGGCGAUCGAGACGUUACGAGAAGAAAAAUGGCAGAUCAUUGACGGGUCCGAUACGAUACCAUUUUCACAGCAAAUAACACAAUUGAGAGAUGACCAGGUUCUCUUCGACCCGCACAUCCCCGAAUUGCUCAUUUUCGCAAACUCGGCCAAUCUGCACGCCUAUUGGAUGAUUGAGCAACGGUAUUUGAUCUUUCAGGACAAGGCCUCAUGUCUUCCGGCUUUUCUCAUCUCUCCUCCAUCCGGUUCACAUUGUGUCGACACUUGUGCGGCUCCCGGCAACAAAACAUCACAUUUGGCCGCUUAUGUUGGAAAUGAGGGUUGUGUCUGGGCCUUCGAUCGUGAUCCGACUCGAGCGAACACAAUGAAACGACUCGUGAAACAAUCGGGUGCUGGGGAUAUUGUGAGUGUUGAGUGCGGAGAUUUUCUUCGAAUUGAUCCAAGUGAAGAGCGAUGGAAAACGGUAGAAUUUGCCGUUGUCGACCCACCAUGCAGUGGAUCGGGUAUGGUGAAAAGAAUGGACGAAUGGACGGGAAGUUCAGCACAAGCGGAUCGAUUGGGGAAAUUGGCCAAUCUACAGGCAAUGUUACUGAAACAUGCGCUCAAAUUGCCGUCACUGAAGCGUCUCGCCUAUUCGACGUGCUCAAUUCAUGAGGAAGAGAAUGAACAAGUUGUUCGAGAAGUUCUCAAAGAGUGCUCGACAGACUGGCGCUUAGCCGAGAACCUCUUACCGAUGUGGGCAUUGCGUGGAAAAGAAAGCUACGAAUUUGGGAAGCAUUGUCUCCGAGCGGAUCCAAAGAUCACUUUCACCAACGGCUUCUUCGUGGUCGUUUUCGAACGAAUCGAGGAAAAGAAAAAGAAAAAGAAGGCCAAGAAAAGGAAAAUCGAUGAUGAAUGC